GCAAACAUGUUUAUAAAUCUAGCCCCGGACUGCUUAGUCCUUCCUCCCCUCCUCUCCCGCCCUUGCCUUGUCCCUUCUUGUCUCAUCUGCAUUCUCCCCGAGAUUCUCCCUUUCUCCGCUUUUUGUACGGUCGAGGAAGAAACCAGCAGCCAUUUGGUCAUGGGGAACUGCUUUGAGACGCCUGCGCAAGCUGUAAGCCCCACGGACACCAGGAUUCCCAGUCCAGGGCGAUCGACGACCAGGACGACCGGCAGCGACAUCACCGCUACCACUGGCAAACUGUCGACGAUCAGCAACUCAUCUCUUGGGCAAUCGAUAGGCAGCAGCGUGACCAUUGGUGACGCAUACCCGGAGGGCCGGAUCCUGGAGGCACCAAAUCUCGUGAUCUUUACCUUUGCUGAGCUGAGGAGCGCGACGAGGAACUUUAAGCCUGACAGUGUUCUUGGCGAAGGAGGAUUCGGUAGGGUGUACAAGGGAUGGGUGGACGAGAAGACCUUGAAUCCAACGAAGAGUGGGAUUGGGAUGAUUGUGGCUGUCAAGAAACUGAACCCUGAGAGCUUGCAAGGGUUGGAGGAAUGGCAGUCUGAAGUGAAUUUUCUUGGGAGGUUGUCACACCCCAAUCUUGUUAGGCUCUUAGGCUACUGCUGGGAGGAGAAGGAGCUUCUCCUUGUCUAUGAGUACAUGGCAAAAGGAAGCUUGGAGAAUCAUCUUUUCAGAAAAGGAAAAGCUUACGAGCCGCUCUCGUGGGACAUAAGGAUGAAGAUAGCGAUCGGUGCGGCUCGAGGUCUUGCUUUCCUGCAUCUGUCGGAGAAGCAAGUCAUAUAUCGGGACUUCAAGGCCUCCAACAUCCUUCUUGACGCCAACUUCGUCCCCAAGCUCUCGGACUUCGGGCUGGCGAAGAACGGGCCAACCGGAGGGCAAUCCCAUGUCACGACGCGAGUCAUGGGCACCUAUGGAUAUGCAGCUCCAGAGUACGUCGCCACAGGUCAUCUGUACGUGAAGAGCGACGUGUACGGGUUCGGCGUGGUGUUGCUGGAGAUGCUCUCCGGGCUGCGGGCGCUGGACACGACGCGGCCGAGCGGGCACCACAACCUGGUGGACUUCGCCAAGCCAUUUCUGUCGGAUCGACGUAAGCUGGCCCGGCUGAUGGACCCGAGGCUGGAGGGGAGGUACCCGUCGAAGGCUGCACAGCAGGCGGCGCAGCUCACGGUCAGGUGCCUGGCCGGCGACCCGAAGAGUCGCCCAUCGAUGAAGGAGGUCGUGGAGACGCUGGAGCAUAUCGAGGUCAUGACGAGCAGGCCGAGGGAGUCGAAAUCCGGUUCUCCCCGGCCGGCCGCGCGCGGCAAUGAUCCCAGCCCGGCGCACGGGAGAUCGCCCGUUAAUCCGAGGCAUGAAGGAGCCGGGCGUGGUGCUCUGGGCAGCCACCAUGCUCCCGGAAGAAGAUGACGGCACCGGAAAGAUCCAAGGUUCCUGUGCUGCUACAUCGUGUGACAAGUAGACAUAAACAGAUGACUAUAUGGAAUUCAAUCACACCGCGACUGAGUGACAACGCAAAGAGAUGCAGACCGGUGACAUGAGCGCACGCGUAUUGGAAAAGAAAGCAAACUCCUAUCUUGAGGUGAAUCGGACCCAUUAUAUACAGAGGUUAUAAGGAUGGUAAGAAAAAUCAGAGAGCAAUCGUGACACAUUUCAAUAUAUCAUAUCUGAACAUCAUGUAUACUUUACGAAACUAUUCAUUACAUUAUUACCCAAAAACCAUCCCAAAUGUACCUAAU